AUUAAUACAUUGUGCCAAAAAAAUCAAAUGGUAAGAAGUGGCAUUUCUCCAUUAAUAUCCCUAUAAUUUGUGACUUUCCAUCUAAAACAUCUCUAUUCUCUGGUAUAGCAGUGUAAUAGGAAAGAGAACGAAAGAAAAUUGAGGUGAAAAAGAGGAGAGAGAAAGAUAAAAAUGAUAUACAGAAAAUGGAGUUUGCUCAGCAGCACCAUGCUCAUCACCGGCGGAAUCGUCACUACAAUCGCACUCGGCAAUCUCGUCUUUUAUCGUAAAGAUCCUUUUCCGACAGCGGAGCUGAAGAAACGUAACGAGUCUCUAUUGAAGUAGAUGUGUUUUUCAACUACUGAGAAUCUGACCCUAGUUUCUUCUAAGUUGGAACUUUUGAAUAAAUUCUCACCUGAAAAUGUAGCUGUGUAGCUGAAUAAAUUUUACCUUGUGAUUAAACAUUAUGUGGCACUACAUGCCUAAAAUAUUUGUAAUUAGACAUUUGUGAAAUCUUUUUGCGAGGAAUGGUAAACCUUGAUGCUUGGAAUGUUUUGUUUGUAAAAUGAACAAACAAGCACAAAAUGAAACGAGAUUUUGGUAUUGUUGGUCCAAUUUGUUUGCUAAACAAUGUGGAUUGAAUUAACACAUAAUCUUAGAGCAUAUGUAUCCAGGGUUGAAGUAAGGAGAUUUGGGCUCCUGUAUCUAGUUGAUCAACCCCUCACCCCCUCCCUCGACCUCGAGAAAAAAGUUGUUAUCAUUGGGGCCAGAAGCAGAGAAUGCAAGAAGUCCAGAACUGGCUUUGUGUUCUAACUCAGAACUUUCUCAUUGAACGAACUAUAUUAACCAAGCUAUGAAAAAUAUAACAAGGGCAAUGGAUGUUUAAUGUUUUUUUUGGCAUUUCAGAUAAUUCUAAAGCAUUUUGGAAAAUCCACAAAAGGCCAAUUUUCUAGGGCCACAACUCUUUGUAUCAACCAGAUCCUUAUCAUCUUAUCAUAUUCAAUCACUGAAAGACCAUAACUCAAGUCUUCAACUCCAACUGAAGAAAAAUCAGAAAUGCUACUCUCCUGCACUUCGAAACCUACCGUCUGCUUUUCACACCCUCAAACUUCAUCAAGCUACGAGUAUCUCUCUCCUCCUCCUGCCACUGUUCUCCGCUUUCGCACAUCAUACCGUAAAAAACUAACCUACCUCAGAAACCUGGGCAUUAUUGAUACCAAUCCCAGAACCACCAAUGCACCCUCUCAUGAGACUUUGGAUCAAAUUCUCACCAUUAUAAAUUACCUCAAAUCUAAAGGUUUUUCAGAUACUGACAUCCCAAAACUGUCUACUAGUUGCCCUAAACUCUUUUCAUCUAGUCUUGAACCAGCUGAUAUUGCACCUGUUUUCAGUUUCUUGACUACUGAUGUUGCUGCAUCUACUCAAGAAUCAUGCGGACUUGUUCUUUGCUGUCCUGACAUCUUGUUCUCUAAUGUUGACUACUGCUUGAGGCCAACACUCGCAUUUCUUCGAAGCAUAGGACUCGAGAAGUUGAACACCCCGACUAAUCUCAAUGCUCACCUCCUUAAUACGCGUGUUAGUAAGUUCGAGACAAAGGUUAAGUUCUUAAUGAGUGUUGGGCUUACAUAUGAAGAAUCCAUUAAAGUGUGUGCUCGGCUGCCAGCUAUAUUUGGUUAUAGUAUUGAGAAUAACAUGAGGCCUAAGGUUGAGUAUUUGGUGGAAGGGAUGCAAAGGAGUAUUGAAGAACUAAAAGAGUUCCCUCAAUACUUUGCUUUUAGCUUGAGAAAGAGAAUAGUGCCUCGACAUAUGCAUUUGAUUCAAAGGAAGGUGAACAUCUCUUUGAAGAAAAUGUUGUUGUGUGGUGAUGAGAAGUUCUAUGCUAAGUGGAAAUGAUUAUCUUCUUAUUAUCUUAUAGUUGCCUCGACAAUUUUAGGAAUGUAUAUAGCAUAAAAAAAAAUAAUCCGUACAAAGUAGUUUCUAUUUAUACAAAAUGUAUAAAGUCAAUAAUAGAAUUACAAAGAAAAGGAUUACUGCUUUCCUAAUUGUUUGUCCUGUUUGUUUGUUUGUUUUCGGCCUCUGAGACACAGUUUGAUUAUUAUCAUGAUUACAUAUUAUUAUGAAGUA